UCUCUGCUCCGUCUGUUCUGUUGUUUCUUGUCGUGUCGUUCGUGUUACCUUGUGUAGUUGUAGUGUUGUUGCAGCUGAUUGUGAUUUGUUUUAGUUCGAGUUGGGACACAAACUCGUGUUAAACAGUGAACUUUUAGUGCGUAUUCAAAGAAAAUUUGUGUGUUUCUUUUUAUUUUCUUGUUUUCUCACUGGUAGACCAAUGUUCUUGUUUUGAAAGUAUGGUUCUAACUUAUACCUCAUUUGCUAACUGUACAUGAAAGAUUUUCAUUGUCCGUGACGUCAUAGUUCAGUUAAAUAACUACUGUGUUGAAGCAUUUAUUGUCCAUGGCUAUUUAUUUUUGAAGAAUAUUUUGUUUGUCGAUUUAACGAGUGAUCAGUGGAAUAGGCCUAGAUGGCUCAACAGCCAACCAGUAGUGCUUUACGUGCUUUGGCCUUAGAAUAUAAGAGUUUACAGGAAGAACCAGUUGAAGGAUUUCGUGUAAAACUUGCUAAUGAUGACAAUUUAUUUGAGUGGGAAGUUGCAAUUUUUGGACCUCCAGAAACAUUGUACCAAGGAGGAUACUUCAAGGCUCACAUGAAAUUUCCACAUGAUUAUCCAUACUCUCCACCCACGAUUCGUUUCCUCACCAAAGUUUGGCAUCCAAAUGUCUACGAGAACGGAGACCUGUGCAUUUCCAUCCUACACCCGCCCGUGGACGACCCACAGUCGGGCGAGCUGCCGUGCGAGAGGUGGAACCCGACACAGAAUGUCAGGACAAUUUUGCUGUCCGUAAUCUCGCUGUUGAACGAACCCAACACAUUCAGUCCGGCCAACGUGGACGCUUCGGUCAUGUAUCGUCGCUGGAGAGACUCGAAAGGCAAAGACAAGGAGUACGAAAACAUUAUCAGGAAGCAAGUGUCGGGCGGCCGAGCUGAGGCUGAGAAAGACGGAGUUGUGAUCCCUACAACUCUGGAGGAAUAUUGCAUCAAAACACAAGUGAAGAAGCCGGAGGCUCCAGUGGACAUGACAGACUUCUACGUAGACGACUACGACCUGGACGACGAUGACGAUGAUCUAGAGAUGUCCGGAGACGAGUACGACGACGGAGACGACAGUGGUAACGGCGAGUCAUGAUCCACGACACUCGCAUCAGAUAACACAGAAAUUCUUAGUGAAGAUUUGAGAUCUCAAGAUAAAUGUGUUAAAAAAUGUAUUAACUAUGAUAAAAUCGAGUAAAAUUUUCGUACGUUAAGUUA